AUUACACAUGUGUAAUUCCUGCAAUGCAUGUAGCGCGGGAGAUGACAACACUUGGUGAUAUUCGGCUCUUCAGCCUCGCAGGUGAAACAGGAUUCUAAAGAGUGUUACAACAGGUUGAACUGCAAUUUCUUUGAGAAAAUGGUGAUCAUCGAAGUUUCGAAAAUGGAAAUUUUAUACGAUAUUCCGUGUAGAAGGCAAGAAAAUAUUAUUGGUGUUGGAAAAGCAGAUAACGGUUUCCGCACACGAAAACGCGUUAGAAGUGAUCAUUUACCCCGAAAUCCAAUUCAGUCGAGGCAUGGAGACAGGUGGUAUGCCUUAACAGUGGUCCUCUUAAUUUAUUCUACACUGUCCACAGCAUCGGGUCAAGUCAUCGACAGAAAAGCUGGGAUUGUAAAUAAUGUUACUGGCUGUCUCGUGGAAGUUAACCAGAAAAGUGAAGUUAACCUUAGAUGGACAACACAAGAAAACAAUCAGCUCAUGGAUGCUCUUGUCGAUGGAAAACUAAUUGCCAACUAUGAUCUACAUUUGGGUGAUUACCAACUUUACAACAACAAUGAUUCUAAUGUGUAUGCACCCUUUAUGUUUGAAAAUAAAACUUGCCAACUUACAAUAAAGAAAGUAGAGAGGCAUAUUCUUAAAAUUCUGAUUACUGGUACUGACAUUGAUAAUUUCGAGGUCAGUGGCAAACGAGCAGCAAUCUGCAGGGACUUCAAUUCAGGAUGGAUAUACCUUAAAGUAACUGUAAACACCACCAACACCAAUGAAAUAAGUCCCCAUAAAGCAAACUUGGAAAUUAUAAUAGGCGCAACAGUAGGAUCGGCUCUUCUUGUGACGCUUAUUGUUGCUGCUGUCAUACUUUUUAUCAGAAGGAGGACAGCUACACGUUCCGGUGGAGUCAAUGGCGAUGGCACUUCUUCCAGAGAUCAUGAACAAUUUCUUUCAGACCGAACAACCAAUGAAACAAGACAAGGAAAUGUGGCCUUUCUACGACAAAAAUAUGAGAAGAAUGAUACUAAAUCAUGUCUAGAAGAUGAAAGCAGCGGUUAACAAUGCCAGCUAUGCCAACCGUCCAUCUGGUCGAAAUGGAUAGUCGUGGCUCCCUAAUUUCUAAAAAGUCCAACUGUUACAAGCUGAUUUUAUAUAGAAAAACUAGUUGUUGUUGAUUGAGAAUAUAUUUCAAACAUGUUGUUUCUCAAAGGUGAACAGUAAUUCUUUUUUUGUAAUGUACUUUCUCCAACCUCAGAUAAGUAGAUCCAAUAAAUUAACGAUGCAAGAGAUUCUUAUCUUGCACACGGAAAGAAAAAAGAUAAAACAUGUACCCGUAUGGAACUUUUUAAAUGAUUUUCAUAUCGUAAUUACCCCCCUUAUUGAAGACUGUCGUCUGUAGAAUUAUAAAAACCUUUCAAGAAAUAAUGAUUCACUCUCCUUAGAACUAUAAUAAACCGAAAAGACUUUUUACAUUAUCUGAGUCAUCGCGCGCUCAACCAUGACAACCACGAAUUAUCACAUAUCCAUACGCAUAUAUUUUCGAUACGCACAAAAAUACAUUUUACUUAAUAUUUUGUUUAACUGAGGUGGGAGAAAAAGAAUCUACCAACCCUCGAGCAGGGAGUUUUGCGAAAACUCGGUAAACUCUCGGCCAUGGAAAAUACUUAUAGACUAUUCUAGAAGAUGUAACAUUUUUUUUUAUGAAUGUUAACCCGUCAUUAAAUUGCUUUACGUUUAAGAAUAUGUUUGACAGUAUUUUAAAACUUAUAAUAUGUAUAUCCGUGCAUAUGCAUUCCAUGCUUGUAUGUUGUUAUAUGUGUAUUCACUUAUCACUUUAAAUUGGAAAUAAAGAAAUUCUCAACAAUAACAUAGUUUACGCGGUUACGCCGAAAAUUUUUGCGGUUAUGCCGCUUUUUUAAUGACUACACGGAAUUUAAGCAGACUAAAAACGCAAUUUCACGCAUCUCAGUUAGAUGCCAAGUAGCUCAUGAAGAAAAAUCUAAAUGAGUUUAGGUUGAUCUUGUUUCAAUUUUCAUCAGCAGUGUUUUUUAUCAAUUAAUAUUGAAGGAUCUACUUUUUUCAAAUUUAUCGUACUAGUUAUGCUCAAAUAAAAAUGCUUAUAUCACUCCACGCAUAUACCAAAAGGCGAACACUUUUGGACAAGUGAAUUGUGAAUCCGCCAGAAAAAAAGAGUUUCUAAAUAUACAUUGUUGAGACAUUCACCGUUCUAACGUUAUUUGUGUAGUGAUGUUUGGAUUUAAAACAAAUUAACAGUUUUGUAGCUAAAAUGACAUGUACAGGACCGAUAAUGGAAUUUCCAACAAUGUCUUUGCGGAGGACUACUGUGACGUCAGUGUGUAGUGAAAAAAAAAUGCGUAUGGAUAUUUGAUAAGUCGUGGUUGUCAUGGAUAUGCGCGCAUUGAUUCAGAUUAUGUUAAUAGUCAAAUCGGUCUUUAAAUAGUCCUGAUCAGAGUGGAGCAUUAUUUCUUGAAAUAACUCCCUGAUCAGCAGCAGAGUUAGACAUAAACGCUUGACAAAAUGAAAAUAAUUAGUUUAUCAUUCAGUAUAGCUAUUGCAGAGGCUAGUGCAAAUAACUGUAUGUCAAUAUAUGUUUAUGGCGAUUUUUUAUGUCUCAAAUCCUGGAUUAGAAGAAUUCCGUGUUACACAGCUAUUAUUUUAGUCUAAUAAAGAGGCUUGCUUGCAGCUAUACUACCUGAUAGUGUUCUGAUUUGAUACAACCUCAAAGGAAACAAAAACACAAAAUAAUGGCCAAAAAAAUAUAAUUUUGACAAAGGCCAAAAUAAUAAUCUUUCAUUUCUUAUCAAGCAUUUACUGUUAUGUUUCAUAUAUCUGCUUUUUGCGCUAAAACAAACGGAAAACAGACUUAUUCGGACAAUGUACGAACAGAAAUAAAAUCGGUAUCGAGU